AUGGAUCUGACAUUCAUCAUUGUUUUACUGGUCUUUGUGGUGGGGCCUGCACAAAGUAUUCCAAUACCAAAACCAUUUCAGGUAACAUUCUACAUCUUAAAUGCUGACUUUGUUACUGCUCUUCAAUCCUUAAAUCCAGGUAAUGAAAAUGGCACAUUAAACUUUUUAAUAAUCCAAUACUAUUUUUUUUUUUAGGAUUCCACACCUGAACUGGAAGAACAAUGUAAGUGAUUAUCUACCUUUCAUAUUUCAGUAUGAGGCACAAAAUACUUAGAAUUACUGACUGGAAAGAUUUACUAAGCAAACAGAUUAGGUUGGAAGCCAUCCUGGUGCUAUGUCUUAUUGAUAUUUGGAACAAACUGAAACAUCUUAGAUUCAAGAAAAACCACCAAAUUCCAAUGUAACGAUUGAUAUAAUUAUCUGUUAGAAUAAAUGUAUCUUUGUUUACCUUGUCACACUAUUUUUACCCACAGACACAGAUGAAAAUAAAACAGAAACUCUGGAUGUAUUCACCCGGAUUAUUAAUGGAAACAAAAGUAAAUAUCUACAUGUAUUUUUCUAUCAGUCACAUGAUAUAUUGAUGCUCACUGUCAGAGUAAUCUCUUCUAUCUAUUUAUCUAUCUAUUUAUCUAUCUUUCUCUAUUUUUUAAGUUCUACAAAAUGUGCAGGUAUGUUCUGUCUGUCUUUCUUUCUCUCUGUUUAACUGUCUGCGUGUCUGUCUAUCUAAAUAUUACGGUACGUAAGAUAAUUAAAGUAAUGCCAGACUCUUGUCUUUACGUGGUGGUAAGUUGUUAAUGCAUGUGGAUAAGUGGUUGUUUCUUAUGGAUUUAUUUUGACAAUGCUGAUCCCACCAUGUGCUCUUAGGGUAUGUUGCAAUUGAGAUUUAUUUUACUAAGACCUCUUCCUAAAAUAAUUUAUGAGUUUGAUGUGCACAGCAUUGCUUGAAACUUUAUUUACCUAUUUAUACUAAACAGUCAAUUAAAUAAGUAAUUAAUUAAAUAAAACUGAGCUAAUCUAGAAAAAAAAACACCUGGUUUGAAGGUUUUGCUGUAAAGUUACUGUAACUGAAUGGGGGUCUUUUAUCCUUUUCUCUUCUAUUUGCAGACAUUAAUAUUCCGGUACAUGAUGGCGAUAUCAUCAUAAACAGAGCGGGUCGCAGUGCCAUGAAAGAUGCAGGAUGUUUCUGGCCAAAAUCUUCAAAUGGGACAGUCAUUGUGCCUUACAGCCUUUCCCCUAAAUACAGUGAGUUUUCUUGUUUUUUUCAGUUAUUAUAAUAUUUAAAUAAAUUUAGGGAUGUUUUGAUUAAAUGAAGAAUCUUAUCUCCUUUUUUCGUGUAGCUACUGAUCAGGUGGAUCUGUUUAAGAAUGCCAUGCAAGAGAUCGAAUCUGUAACCUGUGUGCGAUUUGUUAAUCAUACAACCGAGGUGUCCUACCUGAAUAUUGUGGAAACAGGAGGGUAAGUACUGAAACCUUUCUUUAUAUGUAGGGAUACACCGGGAGUGUCUAAUUUGAAAGACCAAAGGUAAUUUACAAAGGUUGUGUGUUUUAAAGCAUUUUCACUUAGGUGACAGACAGACCUUUCCAGCUCAUAUGAAGGGCCUUUUCAUAUUAAUACAUAGGCAAUCAAUAAAUUGUUCUCAAAUUAAAAUUAAAACUACGUUCCACAUCACGGAUAUUACUUUAUUGUUCUCGGUGUGUCCUAUGCUCUGUUGUUUAAUAUAAACUAAUUGAUACACUAUAUAUAUGAACGAACCUCCAGUUAUGCCUAGCAUAAAUCUGCUAAUUUUCAAAAAAUAUUUCAUAAUUAGAUUUCUUUUAAUAAAUAAUGAUUCCUUAUUUUAUACCAUCAGUUGUGCAUCCGUUGUUGGAAGAACAGGCAUCGCCCAGGAUAUAUAUCUGGAUUCCAGCACUUGCAUGUCCAGAGGGACCAUUCAGCAUGAGCUAGAACAUAGUCUGGGAUUUUACCAUGAGCAUUCCCGGAGUGACCGUGAUGACUAUGUUACCAUUAUGACCGAGUAUAUAUCACCAGGUAACCAGUGCAGUGCUAAUCCAUGUCAUAAAUACAUAAUCUCUGUAAGAGUAAAAUAUCGUAACUCACUUAUUAAUUCUAAAAUCAUAAAAAGUCAAAAAACAAAGAGCCAAUAAAGUAUUUCUUUUACACUUGUUUAAUGAAAUUAAGACUAUUUAAUUUAACUGAAGUAGUGUAAUAAAUAAAAAGUGAGGAACUUACCAUUAUUUCAAGAUUUAUCCUGCAAUUAAGUUCAGCUUAACUCCAUUGCAUGUUAACACUGAGGAGAAGUGAGGAACGAAUUAUACAGAUCUUUGUAUCCACACAUCAUCUAGGUACAUUCUUAAACAUCCUAUUAUAAACAUUGAGCAGUUAUUGAUUUAAGUCUGUUUUUUCUUUUAGAAAAUCUUGGUAACUUUAAAAAGACGGACACGAAUAACCUGAAUAUGGAAUAUGACUACUACUCUGUGAUGCAUUAUCCCACGUAAGUACCAUACUGUCUCUCUGAACUACAUUGUUAAACACAAUACCAAAUGUCCUGGAUGUCCAUGUGUAGAAUGUACCAGUGAUUUCUUAUCUGUUCUACAUAGAUUUUCAAUACUGAAUGUAAUUAAACAAAAACUCAAAGCAUCAUAACCACUAUAUUACACUGUAAUGGUUAUAAUGCCAGGAGUCCCCUGGAGCCCCUUCCCUAGUUUAAGUAGUUAAAUAAUUUGCUAACAGUUUGAUAUCUUUCUUGGGAUACACCAGUUGUCUCUCAACUAUUGAUAUUGAGAGCUGGAAGCUCCUGCUAGACACUUCUGUAAGUUUUCCUGUGCUAAGUCCUGCAGUGCUGAGCGGCAGAGAGCAGGCAACACAGGUAAAACAGGUGGAAGCGUAUUACUGGCUCCAUAACAAUUACAGUGUUCUUAGAGUGUUCUUUCAUUACAUUUCACAAAAAGGUCCUGCUUAUUGACAGUUGGUUGUCUUCCUUCUUUGUAGCUAUGCAUUCAGUAACACAUCAGGAAAAGACACAAUCAUCCCUAAGCCUGACCCUUCUAUACCCAUCGGACAAAGAGAUGGACUUAGUACCCUGGAUGUUUCUAAAAUCAAUGCCCUUUACAAUUGUGGUGAGUUGUCAAUUAUGUGAUUCCUUUAUCUGCUAACAUUGGUUAUAGCUAGAACGGAUCACUGUGCUACCUGCACAUAGAAAGUGAGACAAAUAUGGAUGACGACAGACAGAUAUUAAGGUAUUGUUUGCAUGUGUGAGAUAGUUCUUGGAAAUGGGAGAUUCAACAGGAGAGGAACAGAUACAAUAAAAUGAUAUAAAAUACCUAAAUGAACAAAUUUCCAUUAAUUUUCCGUGAUCUCACUCUUUCUAUGCUACUUGCAGAUGUCUGCUCAAUGCUGCUUAGUAAUGUCAACGGGACAGUGACCUCAGCCAACUACCCAAAUAAUUACCCCAAUAACAGCAACUGUGUUUGGCUGAUCAGAGUUCCAUCUGGACAGGUAAUUAACUGUUGCAUUACCAGAUACCUUGCAGUAAAGUUCAAGGGGGGUGACCGCUUAUUCAGGGACUAUGAUUUGCAUUAAAGUACAUUUCAUUCCAUUGUAAUAUGUUGUUGGUUCCCCCUUAAUGGUAUACAGCCACACUGCCUUGUUUGCUUUUAUUUUUGAUUACAUUCUAGGAUCAGUAAACUAAUUUUACCUCACAAUAUUAUAAAAAUUUUAUUAUUCAUUUUUCUUUAUUAUUAUUUGCAGGUUGUUCUGAAAUUAGAUUUUCUUGAUGUUGAGUCCUCUAUUGGCUGCUCUGCAGACUAUAUUAGAAUUUAUGAUGGACCCAGUAAGACGUCUCCUGUGCUAUUAGACAAAACAUGUGGUAUGCCACUGAUCCUUCCAAUGACAUCGUUAUCUAGCCAGGUGCUCAUUGAGUUUGUCUCUAACCAGAAUGGAAGUGGAAGAGGCUUCAAUAUCACCUAUAAGUCAGGUAAUUCUGUCAUUCCUUUGUUUCGUGAUCUUAUUGUAUUUUUGAUUUUAUAGCACAUCUUACAAGACCUUAUCCAUCAGACACAUUACACUAAAGGUGAAAAGCAUUUUCCUUAGCUACAAGUCACAGUGAACUAAGUUUUAUUGCGGUAUAAUUCUAAGUAUAUAACUAAAAUUGUGUUGUAUAUAGGAAAUCUGUUAAUUAUACGUUUCAUUUUCUAUGUUAUAUUUGGUUCUAAAUAUCUUGAAAAAUAUAUAGACUAGAAAAUGUCAUAUUUAACUCUACAUGAAGAUUUUCUUGAGGGCUGAUAAAACAGCACUUUCUCUACAUCCAGCUUAUUGUGAAUGAACUGACAAUAUAAGUAGAACUAAAUUAGAGAAGGUCUCAUUCUGUGUAGAACUGUGACCGUUGCAAAAGGUAAAUCUCAGUGGGAAAUGGAUAGAAAAAGAGCAAAACCAGAGUGAAGUCUUAUAAAAGAUGGGCGCAAUGCCCUUUAAAAAAGUGCAAAAAUAUGCAAAGCUAGCAGUAGGAGGUACUGUGUCUUCUACCACUUCUAUUGCUAUAUCUAAAUAUAUCAUGCAAGUUUUAUCCUAGAUAUUAUUCUUGUUAAAGAGCGAACUUUUUAGGUGAAAUUAUUGCGUGCACACUAUAGAUAAAAAAUAAAUCAUAUGUAAUUCAUUCCCUUUAGCAUUAUUAAUAUGCCAGCUGUCCUUUUGAAUAGUUUUCUUUUGAAAUAAUGCUACAUUUGUAAUAAUUACACCUACUCCUACUAAAAGAAAAUUUAUUUUAAAGGUUACUUUUAACUUUGUAUAUUUAAUUUAAAUUGACAUUAGCCAUUUUCUUCUUUUCUAAAAUCAGUAAAAAUAUUUAAAACAUAUAGAAAUGAUACUCUACUUUACUAAAAUCAAUCCUUCCCUUACAGUACAAUGUGGAGGUGAGUUUUAUGCUCCUGCAAAGAACUUCACUUCUCCUGGAUACCCGAAUGGCUACCCUCCAAAUUUGAACUGUACAUGGAUAAUUUCCGCUCCUCCUCAGUACAAGGUAUGAUGUUUUUCAUGGAAGGAAUAAGCAAUUGCUCUAUAGGAAAAUACUGUGGACUCUCCAGAACAAUCUCUGCUGCUGCAACAAAUGUUGUAAACUGAAAUUCAACAUGUGGUCUCACACUCAAACUCUGCCAAUAUGGCUACAAUUCUGUAAUUUACUAUCAUCAUAUAUAACAAAUGUUCUGUAUAGUGAAAUUAUUAAUUUGGCUUUUUGAAAUCUCAUACAUUUGCUCUUGUUUGAUAAAGUUUGAUUGUCAGGAUUCAAAAGGCAGAUGGAAAAGUACAAUUUGAGGAAUUAACUUAAUUAGCUGGCAUUAUAAUGCAUCUAUCGUUGGGUUUUGUGACAUGCAGGGUACUAAAACAUAUUAUUUGUUCUUGAUUCUUAUAGAUCUCUUUAACUAUAAACAACUUUGAGCUUGAGCCUAUGUUCUAUUCGAUGUGCAGCCGUGACUCUCUGUCAAUAUAUAAUGGACCAGAUGCUGACUCUCCACUGAUCGGAGAAUUUUGUGGUGUUCGAUAUCCCCGUUCUAUUACUUCAAGUGGAAAUUCAAUGUUUCUACAAUUUCUUACUGAUUUCUCCAUCCAAUAUAAAGGAUUCAAAGCUUCAUACAAAUUUGGUGAGUAUUGCAAUGUCCCUCACAUAACUGACUUACACCCAUUUACCAAGUCAUUAAAUUUUAUGUAUUGGCCACAGUGAUUGUACGGCUUUCCUGUCCAUCGCGAUCCACUCAUAUUAGGACAAGCUUCCUAUAUAUUAUAUAUAUUCCUAAUAUAAAAUUGUAUUUAGUUCUUUAAAAGAUUACUUUGUGAUGAUAGUAAUAUGAUCCUUUACACUACAGUGUGAAAUUAACAAAAUGAACAAAAGCUGUAAUCGAUACGACCUAUUUUGUCCCUUACAUAUUUUUGUGUUUUCCAUUGCAGUGCCAAAGUAA